GCCCUCCCGCGGGCCGCCCCCUCAUAGGGUCUGGCAGGUCCUAGACUUAGAGAGGCUCAGAGAGCCCCGCCCCUCGUAAGUCCCGCCCCAGAGUGUUCCUCCCUGGCGAGCCCCGCCUCUGCCCCGAGUCAGCUGCUCGCUUGGGACCUCUUUUUCUGUCUUUCCUGUCCGGGGUGCUCAGGUCCAUGCCCUUUAAUCACUUCUCAUAGCUGAAGGCUGCCGAAAGCUGGAUCCCUCCUGAUUCCUUUGUUUGGGAUUGGGCUUCCCACAUCUAGCCUAUCACUUAUUAUUUUCCCGAAGGCGUGGAGGGGGAGCCUCGCGGGGUCACCGAUCCUCGCAGAAGCCCGGGACUCAGAACCCUUAGCCAUCCCUCUCCACUCUUCUCGGCAGUGGUUAACAGUGCAGUCUCUGCCGUCGGGUAGAACUCGACUGAAAUCCUGACUCCUUCCUUUAGGAGCUGGAUUACCUUUGAGAACAGCCCCAGCCCAGGUGGGAAGGAGGCAGAAACUCGGCAGCCUGUGGUGAUUCUCUUGGGCUGGGGUGGCUGCAAGGACAAGAACCUUGCCAAGUACAGUGCCAUCUACCACAAAAGGGGCUGCAUCGUAAUCCGAUACACAGCCCCGUGGCACAUGGUCUUCUUCUCCGAGUCACUGGGUAUCCCUUCACUUCGUGUUUUGGCCCAGAAGCUGCUCGAGCUGCUCUUUGAUUAUGAGAUUGAGAAGGAGCCCCUGCUCUUCCAUGUCUUCAGCAACGGUGGCGUCAUGCUGUACCGCUACGUGCUGGAGCUCCUGCAGACCCGUCGCUUCUGCCACCUGCGUGUGGUGGGCACCAUCUUUGACAGCGCUCCUGGUGACAGCAACCUGGUAGGGGCUCUGCGGGCCCUGGCAGCCAUCCUGGAGCGCCGGGCCGCCAUGCUGCGCCUGUUGCUGCUGGUGGCCUUUGCCCUGGUGGUUGUCCUGUUCCACGUCCUGCUUGCUCCCAUCACAGCCCUCUUCCACACCCACUUCUAUGACAGGCUACAGGACGCGGGCUCUCGCUGGCCCGAGCUCUACCUCUACUCGAGGGCUGAUGAAGUAGUCCUGGCCAGAGACAUAGAACGCAUGGUAGAGGCACGCCUGGCACGCCGGGUCCUGGCACGUUCUGUGGAUUUCGUGUCAUCUGCACACGUCAGCCACCUCCGUGACUACCCUACUUACUACACAAGCCUCUGUGUCGACUUCAUGCGCAACUGCGUCCGCUGCUGAGGCCAUUGCUCCAUCUCACCUCUGCUCCAGAAAUAAAUGCCUGACACCUCCCCACAACCUGCAUCUGUGGGGCACUCUUCUCGUUCAACUCCCUGUAGCCCUUUGGGACUUUGCGGUCCCCUAAGUAGAAAAUUCCUAUGGGCCUGUCUCCUGGGGGCCUCCGUCUGCUGGUGGUCUGCUUACCACAGAAUCCUAAGGGGCAGGAGUGCCUGGGCAUGUGUCUAUGGGAGCCUUGCAGUCAGUUGUGUUUGGACAAGUGCAACAAUCAGGCUUCUGAUUCCUGUGGCAUGCAGGCUGUAGAGGUUGACAAAUGGAGGGGGGUGUUGAGGGUGAGCCCUAGUUGAUUUUUUAAAAUUUAAACUCUGGUAAGAACAUUUAA